AUGGCAACCAACGAAGCGAACGGAUACGCAAACAGCGUUGACGAAAAUGAGAAAGCUUACUCUAUUCCUGAGGAGACGAAAAAAGUGUUUCGGAAAGGUAUUCUAAGCAACCCGCUGAUUGCUCCGACGUUGUCGAAAGAAAUUGAAGAAUGCGCGCAAAGAGUCGAAUUCGUGGGCACGGACAAGCCGAGCAUUCCUAUUAAUUGGCGUUUCGCGGAGAGUAUUUCUGCUUUGAAAGGCCUGGAAGCGGCUAUGAUCAAUGUCCUGCUAAAGAGAAAGUACGGCUUAGCGCCACAGAAAGCUGUCAUCAACACCGACCAUGCCCAACUCUUCAUCAUGUCCAUUCUCCUCUACACGAUCGACCCAGAAGGCGAAGCUAUCAGCUUCGCUUCGGCAAUGACUCCAAAGGGCAAAGCGGCGUAUGCGAAGUGUUUCAAGAAUUGUGACCUGCAUGACACGAGCAGCAGCCCUUAUCGGACUUCGGGCACGAACAUCUACCGCUGCAAGGAUGGAAGGUACUUCCAUCUUCAUGGGAGUAUGAAUCCGGAGCCGACACAACAGAGUGUUGGCUUACCUCCUUACAUGGACGUCGCCUCGGUCGAAUACUCGUGGAAACCAUACGAGGAAAAAGUGGCGCAGAUUGAUUCGGAAGAGAUGCAACGACUGGCCUCAGAUGUGUAUAAGCAGGCUGGCACGAUAUGCUGGACCACAGAAGAAUACAAGAACAGUGAGCACGGGAAGGCGAAUGCGCACGUCGGCCUAUACGAAAUCCAUCCCGUAGAGAAUGACAAACAACAGCCAUGCUGGUGGCCCGAGAUCCCUGAGACGUCCGCACAGCGACCGCUUGCGGGGUUAAAGGUAGUGGAUUUGACCAGAGUAAUCGCUGCGCCUGCUGUAACUCGCGGAUUGGCAGAACUCGGAGCUAGCGUCAUGCGAAUCACUGCCUCGCAUAUCACCGAUAUGUCUGGCCUGCACUGCGACCUCAGCUGGGGCAAAUGGAACGCUCAUCUCGACUUCCGGAAAGAAGAAGAUCGCGAGAAGCUCCGAGAACUCGUCCGCGAUGCUGAUGUCGUAGUGCAAGGCUACCGGCCGGGCGUACUAGACAAGUACGGGUUCUCGCUCGAUGGACUCCUAGAGCUGACGAAGGACCGUGAGCGAGGCUUGAUUGUGGUGCGAGAGAACUGCUACGGUUGGUACGGGCCUUGGUCGUACCGGAGCGGGUGGCAGCAGAUUUCCGAUGCGAACUGUGGCGUCUCGAUGGAGUUCGGUCGCGCGAUGGGGAAUGACGAGCCUGUCACUCCAGUUUUUCCGAACUCGGACUUCUGCACCGGCACCGCCGGGGUAGUUGCUGUUCUCAAUGCAAUACUUCGGCGAGGCGCUGAAGGUGGCUCCUACAAAGUCGAUAUCGCCCUAAACUACUAUUCACAAUGGCUCGUCAACAGCGUCGGCGUGUAUCCUCCCUCCGUGUGGGAAGAUGUCUGGUCUCGCAACGGCAAGCAGGUCUUCCGGCACUACCACAAUAUGCACUACUCCCUAGGUCGGUAUCUCCAAAUGCUGAAGCAGAACUCCGGAUCUGUUCUCUUCAACCCGGAUUUCUUCGAGAGGAGGCAUUCGGGUGCUAUUGGAAAGGACAUCGUGACAAGUAAGCCCAUUAUAAGGUUCCCCGAGGGCACGGUUAGGCUGGGGUAUAAUGUUGGGACGAGGGGGAAUGGCACGGAUCAGCCGAAGUGGCCAGAGAAUUUGAUGACGGAGGUCGUGGAGUAGACGGUAACAUAGCGGCGAGGGAAGGAAAGCGACGUAGCCGCGAUAAAUGAAAGAAGAAGGCCAGAAGUGGUUCACUGCGUAAAGUCAAAUGAUGAAGUUGCGU